AUUAAUUAGAACGCUAACCGAAUUUUAUUACACUAAAUAAGCUUAACCGAACCCAAGUUUGCGGAUUCGAACCAAACCAAACUCUGAACACAAAACCGCAUCCAUGGAAACAAUGUCACAAACUUGCCCUUUAGGGUUUAUCCUCCAAGACCAAAAUGUCUCCAAUUGAGAAUUCCUCAUCUUGGACACUCGAAUCCGACCUAGAAGAUCUAGACCUCGACCUCCAAGACUACAAACCAUCCGUACCAUUAAAGAAAGUCCCAAACGGAGACAUUUUCGAAGCCUCACGCGCCGGUGACGUCGAUAGACUCCGGUACCUUGUUGAAACCGGAGUCAACGUCAACGCACGUGACCGUUGGGACUCUGUUGCUCUUUACUACGCUUGUCUCGCUGGUCACAUAGACUCUGCUCGAUUGCUUCUAGAGAACGGUGCGAUUUGCUCUGAACAUACUUUUGAUGGUGAUCGUUGUCAUUAUGCUUCUCUUAAUUUAAGGAUUCGGAAGCUUCUGAAGGCUUUUGAAGCUCGUCCUCCUCCUCUUGCUCCUUUGCAAGCUUCUCUUAGAGAUACCUUUUUGGGAUGUUGUCAUAAUCGAGAUUAUCUUCAACAAGAAGAAGCUAAUCUUGAUGUCUCUGAUACUCUGAGUGAGUUUGGUAGUUCGAAUUACUUUCCACCGGAUGUGAUGUUCUAUGUGCAAGGUAGACCUAUUGAAGCACACAGGGUUAUCUUAAGUGCUCGAUCUCCGUUUUUCAAGCAGAAGUUUGAGAAUGAAUGGAAAGACCGGAGAGAAGUUCGGUUUUCGAAAGAGAAGCUUUCGUAUCCUGCUCUCUGUAGUCUUAUUCACUUCUUUUAUUCAGAUAGGUUGGAGAUAUCUGUUGAUGAUAUGGAAGAUCUUGUUAGGAUUUGCAAAGUUUGUAAAUGUGAAUCACUGCAGAAAAUCAUUGAGAAGGAACUGAUUCACCAGAGAUAUGCUGAGUAUAAGACUCAUAGAGAUCUUGAUAACUCCAUGAAACGGUUUAUCUUACAGGGUAUAUCACUUCCAGAGGAAGACAGGCUUCCUGCUUCUUUGCAUAGGAUUCUUCGAGUUUCACUAGCGAAAUCGUUUGUUGGUGAUGUAAUAGAUUCAUCUGUUGGGGAUACGAGAGUUGGUGAUUCUGUGGAAAGUCUUGCUGAUGUUUGUGUUAGAGUUGAUAAAAGAAAUUUCUACUGCCAUCAAGUUAUUCUAGCUUCAAGAUCAGAGUACUUCAGAGCACGAUUAUCACGAGUGAAUGAUUUUCAUGAGGGGAAGAAUGGUUUGCCGGGUGAUACUCUUCCAUUUCUUGAAGAACAUGAUUUGAGUGCAGAGGCUUUUGAGAAGAUGAUUGAGUAUAUGUAAGCAUUUGUGAUUGUAAAAGACCUGAAAAAAACUUGUUGAAGAAAGCAUUGUUGUUAUGGUAAGCUAACUCUAUAAGCAUUAUCAGGUACACUGAUGGCUUAAAGGAGAUCAAUCCGAAUCAGGUCAAAAACUGUUUGCCAUUUUGGAAAGUGUUUUUUUUUUAUAUAUAUUCUGCCCUCUGAUAAUUUGCUUACUUAGCAGGCUGAGGAGAUCUUUGAUGUUGCAUCUCGCUACUUGCUGUUUCCGCUUAAACGUGCUGUGGCUGACGCCUUGUUGCCUCACUUGGAAACUGCCACACCUGCAGAACUCUGUCAAUGGCUGGUUUUGUCAGAUAUGUACGGAGUGUUGAAGAUAAGAGAGUACUGCCUGGACUUGGUUGCUUGUAAUUUUGAGGCAUUUGUUGAAACCCACGAGUUCAGGGCAAUGUUAUUAACAUUGCCUCCACCAUCAGGAGACUCUUCACUUCGAACCACUGUUCCAAGUGCACCAGGUGCCAUGAUGACCACAGACCAAGGGAAUCUCCUUGAUGAUCUGAGAGAGAAGUGGCUUGAAGCAGAGGCUUUAGAGCUUGACAUGAGAGACGAGAGUGCUUUGAUUUUCGAUAAGCGCCUUGCAAUGCUUGUGGAAAUAGCAGAGCGAGAGAAAUCCGAAUCAGAAGCUGAGGACUACAAAGACACCAGCGCAUGAUUAUUGGUUUUUCUAAAAACAAGUUUUGAGUCUCUUCAUUAUACAUACUGUUACCUCGUUCUCGAACUUUUACACAAAUGAAUAAACAUGUUGUAGAUAUUGAUGAUUAAAUUUCAUUAUCUUAGUACAUGCACCAUUUGCUUCACU